CUUCUUUCUUAUCAUCUCUCUCUCUGUCUCACUGUUUAUGUUUGUUCUUUCUCUCCCUCCAUCAUCGAGAGUUUUACUAAAAACUUAGUGGGGUUCUCUGGAAAAUAUUCGAAUUUUUUGAAAAGAUUUUUGACUGAUGAUGACACUUAACUCACUCUCUCCAGCUGAAUCCAUCUCUCUUUCUUUCUUGGAUACUUCCAGGUUCAACCAAACCCCCAAACUUCCAGGUGGGUUUAGUUUGAGGAAGAAGAGGACUCAAGGGAGAGGUUUUGUUGGAAAAGGAGUCAAGUGUUCAGUGAAAGUGCAGCAGCAGCAGCAACAACCUCCUCCUCCUCCAGCGUGGCCUGGGAGAGCUGUUCCCGAGCCUCCUCGUCAAUCUUGGGAUGGACCUAAACCCAUCUCCAUCGUCGGUUCUACUGGUUCUAUUGGCACCCAGACCUUGGAUAUUGUGGCUGAGAAUCCUGACAAAUUUAGAGUCGUCGCUCUAGCUGCUGGCUCUAAUGUUGCUCUCCUUGCUGAUCAGGUGAAGAGAUUUAAACCUGCACUGGUUGCUGUUAGAAAUGAGUCAUUGGUCACUGAGCUUAAAGAGGCUUUAGCCGGUUUGGACUAUAAACCUGAGAUCAUUCCUGGGGAGCAAGGAGUGGUUGAGGUUGCUCGUCACCCUGACGCUGUAACUGUUGUUACCGGAAUAGUAGGUUGCGCAGGACUUAAGCCUACGGUCGCUGCAAUUGAAGCGGGAAAGGACAUUGCUCUUGCAAACAAAGAGACAUUAAUCGCAGGUGGUCCCUUCGUCCUUCCACUUGCCAACAAACAUAACGUUAAGAUUCUUCCUGCUGAUUCAGAACAUUCAGCUAUAUUUCAGUGUAUUCAAGGUUUGCCUGAAGGCGCUUUGCGCAAGAUAAUCUUGACUGCAUCUGGUGGAGCUUUUAGAGAUUGGCCUGUUGAAAAGCUCAAGGAAGUUAAAGUAGCAGAUGCGUUGAAGCAUCCUAACUGGAACAUGGGAAAGAAAAUAACAGUCGACUCGGCUACGCUUUUCAACAAGGGCCUUGAGGUCAUUGAAGCUCAUUAUUUGUUUGGAGCUGAGUAUGACGAUAUAGAGAUUGUUAUUCACCCUCAGAGUAUCAUACACUCCAUGAUUGAAACACAGGAUUCAUCUGUGCUUGCUCAACUGGGAUGGCCUGAUAUGCGUUUGCCGAUUCUCUACACCAUGUCAUGGCCCGAUAGAGUUCCUUGUUCCGAAGUAACUUGGCCAAGACUUGACCUUUGCAAACUGGGUUCGUUGACUUUCAAGAAACCAGACAAUGUGAAAUACCCAUCAAUGGAUCUUGCUUAUGCUGCGGGACGAGCUGGAGGUACUAUGACUGGUGUUCUCAGUGCUGCUAACGAGAAAGCUGUUGAAAUGUUCAUUGAUGAAAAGAUAAGCUAUUUGGAUAUCUUCAAGGUGGUGGAGUUAACAUGCGAUAAACAUCGAAGCGAGUUGGUAACAUCGCCGUCGCUUGAAGAGAUUGUUCACUAUGACUUGUGGGCGCGUGAAUACGCUGCCAAUCUACAGCUUUCUUCUGGUGCGAGGCCAGUUCCUGCCUGAUGAUUAUAUUACUUGUUGUUGGAGUGAAGUGAAUAAUAAAGAAAUGAUGGAAAGAAGAUUAGUGCAGCGAGUGGGAAUAUUUUGACACCGUUUUUGGCAAGGAUUACCGAUUUUAAGUUGUACCUAAAUUGUCUGUGAUCCGAACUGAGCCAAGCCGAAAUUUUAAAACCCAUAAUAAACCAAUAAAACUGAUAUUUUUUUCU